CACUCCGAUCACGCUCACGCUCACAUUCUCUCUCCUCCUCUCUCUCUCUCUCCGCCCCAAUCCAAAACCCUAACCAGCUCCGAUCGUCUCCCCCGAUUCCCCGGCGGUCAAAUAGUCCGCGGAAUUCCGUGAAGGUAUUAGGUCGGGAUAAAGAGGAAGCUAUGAAAGAAGCAAAGGCCAACGGUCAGUACCAGCAGCACCAGAACGGCGGCGGUCACUUGUCUCCGUUCAAGUUCGCCAAGUUGUUCGAUCCAGAAGCUUCCUGGGACAAGGAUCAAUUGGGAGAUGUGUUGCAUUGGAUUCGACAAGGGAUGGCUCUUAUGUGUGGGCUAUUAUGGGGUGCCGUGCCAUUGGUUGGAGGCAUUUGGUUUGUCCUUUUUCUUGCGUUAUCCACUGGCAUUAUAUAUGGCUACUAUGCGAUGAUACUGAAGGUUGAUGAAGAAGAAUUUGGCGGUCAUGGAGCACUCCUUCAAGAGGGACUUUUUGCAUCCACAACUCUUUUUCUGCUUGCAUGGGUUAUAAUAUACAGCUUGGGACACUUCUGAUUGGCCAUCCAUUCAAUUUCGCUAGGAUUUGGUUGCAUGAAGAGAGCGAUAGCCAUGGAUACAAUGAGAUAGUUUCUUAUGAAGUCAUUACUGUUUGCUCAUUUCUUUAUGAUUAAGCAACAUUACGAAUAUGAGCAUGGACAUGCUAGCAUCCAACUAUGGUGAAUAGAUGUUUCAGUCAAUUUUCUUCAUAAACAUCCCCACAUUGUAGCAAUGUAUGACCUGCAAAAAACUGAUGAGAAUCAAAAUUGUUUUAGUAAUCAUUAAUAAAAUUGCCUGUAGUCAAAUUCACAUAGGCUUUAGCUGCA